UUUAUACAAUAAUAUACUAUGAAGUGUAUGAAUCAUCGAUUUUGCGUAAUUAUGCAGUGAAACAUUAUUAAAUGGCAUAAGACUAAAAUUGAAUAAACAUUUCUAGUAGAACUCAAUUCUCUUGCAAAAAUAACGUAACAUAAAUUAAACAUAGAUAUUAUUGACAAAGAUGCAUGGGAUUGUCGAACUAAUUUUAAAUAGUGCUUUAUUGUGGAUAUUUCUUGAAGCGACAUGGACUGUGUUAGUGAGCAUUUUAUACAGUUUCCGCAUACCUUGGAUUUUUUGGGGUUCUUUGAUCAUAUUGAUUGGAUUGAAACUAGUUCGAGUUCCACCUCCACAUGCAAGUAUUGUGAAUGAAGUACUUGGUGUGAAUCCCUUUUUCAUAGGAAAGGAAGUACAUACGACUGAGAACCAGGGUGAUGGAGAACGAUAUUGCAUGUCUGUUAUAGCUCAUCGUGGUGGAGGAUAUGAUUACCCUGAGAACAGCUUGUCGGCUUUUCAAAAUAGUAAAGACAAAGGAUGUACUGCAAUUGAAUUUGAUUUAAUUCUUACAAAAGACAACAUUCCAGUACUAUUUCAUGAUAUUACUAUUGAAAGACUUACAGGUCAAAAGGGUGUAGUUAGUGAAAUGACCUGGGAUCAAUUGAAGGAAUUAGAUAUCACAUUUAAUCAUCCACUUAGGAAUAAAUUUCUUGAGGGUGAAAAAAUUGCAUUGUUCAAAGAUGCUUUACAAAUAUGUUUAAACAAUGAUCAACGUAUAAUUAUUGAUAUCAAAGAAACAAGAUUAGAUAUAAUACAAGUGGUAUUGGAUGCUUACAAAGAAAAUCCAAAUUUAUUUAAGAAAGCAAUUGUCUCAAGUUUUAAUCCUGUGAUUGUAUAUUUGAUUAGAAGGAAAGAACCACGCAUUGUAUCUAGUUUAGCUUGGAGACCGUAUUACUUCUCAAGGGAAUCUUAUUUAGGAAUAAAUGGACCAGGACCAUCACGCUUUGUUAAUCCAUUUAAACAUUUGGCAGCUUGCAUAAUGGAAAUUUUAUAUGAAUGGGCAUUACCAAGUUUUAUUUAUUACAUUGUAGGGAUAUCUACUAUUCUUUUACAUAAGGAUAUAAUAAACCUGCGUGUUAUUGAACAAUGGCAUAAUCGUGGAAUUCGUGUGAUAGCAUGGACCGUCAAUUUGCCAUCAGAGAAAUUACACUUUUCUAGGCUGCUUAAAGUUACAUAUUUGACAGAUACUUUAUUAGCAGAAAAAGUAUAAUAUUACUUUAAUAUUUAUUCAAUAUUUAACAAAAUGUAUGUAGUACCAAUAUUGUAUACUUACAAUUUGAUAAUUUUAGCACAGAGUGCAUAACAUUUGAUACUCUAGUCUAUUCAUCAAUUGAUGAAAACGAUUUUGUACACCAUUUUUUAACUUAUCGCUACAUUUUAACUUAAAAGAGAACUUAAUUUUAUAUAGUGAGACUGGGAAAUAUGGUCAAUGUUAUUUCAACCUUAUUUU